ACUUAAUAUUUUUUCAUGUUUGUUUUACGCUUUAAUUUACGUCACUUCCUGGGCUCCCUCCUUUCUGCCUCCAUCUCUUAUUGCGUGAGCCGCGUGUUUACACACUUCCAGGAAAUAUUUCCAAACAGCCACUGUGUCUCUACUACAGCAAAGGAAAAGUGUAGUAGAGUUGUGUUACUUUCUGUCUCAUAUAACUGGUGUCAGGAAGCUAUGAAGGAGUCGAUAAUGAACCAAGAGAAGCUUGCCAAACUGCAGGAGCAGGUCCGCAUAGGUGGUAAGGGGUCAGCCCGAAGAAAGAAGAAGGUGGUGCAUCGGACGGCUACAGCAGACGAUAAGAAGCUGCAGUUUUCACUGAAAAAACUAGGAGUCAACAACAUCUCUGGUAUUGAAGAGGUGAAUAUGUUCACAAACCAGGGGACGGUGAUCCACUUCAAUAACCCAAAGGUUCAGGCCUCCUUGGCUGCCAACACGUUUACGAUCACAGGGCAUGCUGAGAAUAAACAGCUAACAGAGAUGCUUCCGGGAAUCCUCAACCAGAUGGGAGCUGAUAGUCUUACCAGCCUCAGGAGAUUAGCAGAAACUCUGCCCAAACCAGCUGGAGACAACAAAGCUCCCAUAGUUGCUGCCGAAGAGGAAGAUGACGAAGUUCCUGAUCUUGUGGAAAACUUUGAUGAAGCUUCAAAGAACGAAGCAAAUUAACCAACAUGACGACAUCUGAGUGUUUCUCGAGUCAGCACUGUAUUUAAGUCAUGUAUUUCUGGUUACAAACAUAACCUGCUUUUAAAUUUAACAAUUGGGUUGGAACAAGAAAAUUGACUUUUUACAGAAAAUGUUAUUAUACAGUUAAAGCAAACAGAAUUUAGUAGAACCUGCACAAGUUUGUCUUUCUCAUGCUGCCUUCUUCACAUUGCAGUACCCAUGCAUCAAAAAUGUAUUGGUGGAAUUAAUUGUGUAAUAAAGAUAACAUUUUAACUUCUUUUA